CGCCAACCACAAUCCCGGAAACCCACACCAAACAUUUAAUGUCAUUUUACUUCUCGCUUCACUUCGAAUUCUUCUCCGUCAAAAUUUGUAAUGCUUUACUCCAUGAGUUUGUUUGGUUUCUUCUUUCUCUGGGAAGCCAUCUCGUACUGCUCCUGCGCAAUAGAAGAUUGUCUGCCAACAAUUCAUAUGAAUGAAUUAGUUUUGUAUUAUCUUCUCUUCUUCAAUGCACAAAUAGUCACCGCAGACUAUCGAUUUUUCAGUCUGUUGUAAACAGUCUGCAAUUGCCAUCAAUUUCGAUGGUAUAAUACUAAAAGUCCCGGUUGCUAUUGGAUGAAUAUAAUAUCAAUUUAAGUUUAAAAAUUCGAUUUUAUUAGAUCGCGUAUCAUCCACCGCAAGCCUGUAAUAAACCGUAGAGCAAAUUUUGGUAAUCAUGGAUUGGAAUUUCGGUGACAGACCGAAGGCUGGCACUGAAACCGCAUUGGAUGCGUGUGAUUAUUUCGUUGAUGAGGUCAUAGAAAUUACAAGUUCUUUGGAUGCUCGAGAACAAGUACGGUUGAUUAAGCAUAAAGAACUCCGACAUGCAGUUGUUUCUGGAGAUGAAAGGACAGUGCGUGUAUUGCUGGAAGCGUUAGGAAAUGAACGUCAAAUUAUCGUAAACAUGGCCCCGGCUGGAGCAAAUACAUUGCUUUUUCUAGCAUGUCAGUCGGGGUUCGAAAACAUAACAAAAAGAUUAUUAGAAGCGGGAUCUGACGGGCGAUCGCAUACAGUUACAAAAUAUUCUCCACUUUAUGCUUCUGUUCAUCAUGGUAAUUAUAAUGUAGCUAAGAUUGUGUUGGACACAUUUGCCGAUUUAGUUCAGCAACCAACAAUGGAGCGGUGGUUACCACUUCAUGCAGCCUGCAUAAAUGGCCACAUAGAUUUGGUUGAACUUCUUAUUAACUACAAAUAUCCUGACUAUUUGUAUAGUACUUACAGAGAUGAAGAAGGCAUUUGGGAAUGGCGACUAGCAUUCGAUCCGAAUCAACAAGAUGUAACCGGGCAAACAAGCUUAUAUAUUGCCAGUAUCUUGGGAAAUAAAUCUCUUGUUAAUAUGCUGCUAAAUUGGAAAGUUAAAUGUAAAAAGACAAUUAACGAUAGUCCACAGAGCACACCUAUAACACCAACUCGAAAAAGGAUCUCUUUUGGCAUUCAAGCUAUUAUGUCAAAACUUAAUAUUUCCGCAGAAGGAGAUAAUCUUGUCAAGGAGGAUACUGAAUGUGAAAAAUGUCCGAUAAAUUUAAACCUUCUUUGUGGUGCUACUCGAGAAACGGCCCUUUUAGCAGCAGUGCGUGGAGGAUUCCUAGAUGUGGUAACUUCUCUUUUACAGCAUGGUGCUAAUCCAAAUAUAGUUGCAAAGCCGGUUGAAGAUCAAAAUGAUCCAAAAUGCAGCGAGGAAAUCUAUGGACUUAGCAAUGUUCCGAUUGCAGAAGCAUGCAAACAAGGAUCACUUCCUAUGGUUGAACUCCUUAUGAACUAUGGUGCCCGUGAUGAUCUUGGUUCAGCUCUUAAUGUUGCAGUAAACAGUGGUGAUGAAGCAAUUUUGAAUCUUCUGUUAGCUAAGCGGGUUCACCCUGAUUCAGAUUAUAAGAUCAAUAAAAAGGGUUUACCAACACCGGUUGAAGUAAAUGUAUUCACACCAUCAGCAACAAAUGUGACUUAUAGUACAAUGUUUCCAAAUGUUCCAACGAUCAUUGAUUGGCAUAAUAACAACAAUGUCCAAUUGUCCGUAAUAAGAGUUAGUUGGAUGGUAAAUGGAGUAUUGCAACUCAAUCCUAAGCUUCAAGGACAUCCUAAAAUCAAUGAAGUAGCUUUGACUUCAAUCACUAGAAUUGAUUUUUCGCACAAUAAUUUAACAAGCUUGCCACCAGAAAUAUUCUCGCUGGUCAGUUUGAAGUACAUUAAUGUAGCUCAAAAUAAACUUACAUCACUACCUCAGCCGACUGAUGGACAGAAAACUUAUUCGUGUCCAGUUCUCGAGGAAAUAUUUCUGCAAGAUAACCGACUCGCAACCAUUCCAGCCGAAAUUUUUCAUCUUCCUUCACUGACCAUUUUGGAUAUUUCCAAUAACAAACUACAAGAAAUACCUUUUGACAUGUGGAAGGCACCCAAGCUUCGUGAACUAAAUAUUGCAUUCAAUCUACUUAAAGACCUACCCAUACCUCCUAUGCAGCCAUCGGCAUCGCAGCUCAGUCUGGAUAAAAUUGAAUGUGAACCAUUUUCUCACCUAGAAUCAUCAGAUACUCAAAAAAAUAAUCCUCGUACUUUGACUUUUCAACAACUUAUUCAUAGAAACGUAUGGUCAGGUUUAUUGGAAAUAACUGACAAUGAUCUCAAAUGGAACGAAUCUAAAAAAGAAGAAGGAGUUUCCCAAUUAAAUAACCUGAACAUUGCUAAUAACUUAUUUACAAGUAUUCCAGCAGCCUUACCAUGCUUAGCAGUGAAUCUCACUCGAUUGAAUAUGUCAUAUAAUAGUUUAAGAUCGAUGGGGCAUGUCACCAGCUAUCCAUCGACAUUAAAACAAUUAGAUCUAAGUCAUAAUGAAAUAUCUUGUUGGCCAAGUCUUCCAAGGAUAACAGAUAGUGAUCCACAUUUACUAUGCUAUAGCUAUAUGGAAAAAGUACACAGUGAAACAGGUUCUUUUGAAGCAGAACAAAGUCCAUUUUCAAAACCAGGUGCUAGCAAUAAGCCUUCUUCAUUUCGAAAUGCUGUUCUUAAGAGUGUUUGUCGUCAUCGCAGACAUCUUAGAUUGGAAUCGCUUCGCACAUUGAUAUUGGCUGACAAUCUUUUAACUCGUAUUCAAUUGUCAACUGAUGAUGUAACAACUUUAUUUAAUGAAUCUGAUGACUCUGAUUGGAGUGUAGUAGGAGUCACAAAAUCGAAACUUAUAUUUCCUAACUUAUCUAUGUUAGAUAUAAGCAAUAACUGUCUUAAGGAAAUCCCAACAUCACUACACGAAUUAAGUAGCCUAAGUGUGCUUAAUAUUAGUGGUAAUGUCGAUGUUACUGAUCUACCACCUCACCUUGGGCUUUUAUCGAGACUGUGGAACUUAAAUACAAGAGGUUGCCUUCUGCAAGAUCCUCUCAAGUCUAUGAUCGAGAGUAAGAAAUACAAAACAAUGGACAUAAUUGGGUACUUAAAAUCGAUAUACGAGGAUGCACAACCAUACGCUCGCAUGAAACUUAUGGUUGUUGGAGUACAGGGUAUUGGAAAAACAAGUUUACUAGAUAUCUUAACACAAGGAGGUUCCCAAAAAAGUAGAGCUUCAGAAAAUCACUGGGCCAGGCGUAUGGGUCACACCAAAAAUCUCUCGAAGACUAACCGUGGAGUAAACAUAUCAACUGUAGGUGUUGAUAUUGGUACAUGGAUUUGUGAGAAACGUAAAAAAGGGCUGGGUUCACGUGGACCAGUUGUUUUUCGAACUUGGGAUUUUGGUGGUCAAAAAGAAUACUAUGCAACCCAUCAGUAUUUCUUAUCAAAACGAAGUUUGUAUUUGGUUCUGUGGAAAAUAACUGACGGCCAUAAAGGCUUAGCAGAAAUUCUGCAAUGGUUAGGAAAUAUUCAGGCUAGAGCACCAAACUCUCCAGUGAUUAUAGUUGGAACAUAUUUUGAUCUAGUAGGCGAGAGUUUUUCACCAAAAAAAGCAGAGGAACUUCAACAGAUUAUUCGAGAGAAGUUCAUCGCAAUACCAGAUGCUGAGAAAAUCGGGCUCCCUCGUGUAAUUGAUUCUAUUGAAAUCAGUUGUAAGACGCUUCAUAACAUUCGACUGCUCUCAAACAUCAUUUACGAUACAGCAUUUAUGUUGCGCUCUCCUGGCUCCAAAGAACCUCUGCUCUUACAAAAAAUUCCCGCUAGCUAUAUUGCUUUAGAGGACAUUGUAAAUUUGAUAUCUUGUAACCUAAAAGCUGUAGGAAUGGAUCCAGUGUUGGAUGCAGAGCGUUAUAAAAAGAUUGUAACCGAAGAGAUGAGAUUGCAUAACUAUAAAAGUUUUAGAGAUGUCGCGGAAUUAAAUCAAGCAACUAUGUUUCUUCACGACAAUGGUGUUGUUUUACAUUAUGACGAUGCGACUCUUCGUGAUUUUUAUUUUCUUGAUCCUCAAUGGUUAUGCGAUAUGUUGGCACAUGUAGUAACGGUACGCGAGAUAAACCCAUUUGCAAGAACUGGAGUAAUGAAAUUAGAGGAUUUGCAGUUAUUGUUUCGAAACACAAAUACAUCAGCUAAUAAUAACAGAAGUUACAUUGUAAAUUUGCUAAAUAAAUUUGAAGUUGCUCUUACCUGGGAUUCAAGAACACUAUUAAUACCGUCUCUCUUACCACUUAACGAAGAUGUAAAUCCGAAUGCUGGAACUGCUGUUAAGAUCUCACAACGAACUCGCGGGCGUAACAUCAAUAUUGGUUGCUCGGUGUCUAAUGACAUAAACCUAAACAAUUUAUUUUAUGAAUCGUUUUCCAGAGAUAAUGAAUGUGGUAUUCGUAGGAUUCUUCUCAUGACUUAUUUUCCAUCCGGAUUUUGGUCAAGGCUAUUAACAAGACUCCUUGCUGAUGAACAGAUCAUGGAAGCAAUCAAAAUUUGUUACAGUGCUGUAAACGAGAAUUCUAUUGAAUUUGAUUUAAAAACCUGUUUAGAACAGGAAACUCAAUGGAACCUAUGGCAAACGGGUGUGUCACUUUACUUUGGAAAUAUUUUGCUUAUGAAAAUCUGGGAAGUUCCUUUUAACCACAAUUCAAUUCUUCGGAGCACUAACAACCGUUUUAAAUUAAAACUGGAUGGAAUAUGGAAUGAUGUUAAUUUGUCUUCUUCGAGUAUAUUGGAAAUAUAUUUUCCAUUGUUUAGUGUUAAUAUUAGUCAAGAACUCGAUGAUAAUGCUAAGCAAAUGGUCGCGUCUGUGGAACCUAAUUUGCAAGUAAUUUCCAAGUUACUGGCGCUUUCUGUAGAUCACAUUGAUUUGCUACUCGAAGACUGGUAUCCAUCGCUUGGUACACGUUUUGUUCACACUUCCGAGGGAAGAUUCUUAAUAACUCGUUUGGUUCUUUGUCCAAAAUGUCUGCGAAAAAUUAGUGAUAAUUGCAUUUUAUUGGAUGUUCAUCAAGAAAAUCUAGUUCGAUCACGAAACGGAGGAGGAAUGCGAAGGAAAAGUCCCGGUGGUGUUCUUGAUCCAGAUUACUUUAGUUCACGAAGGGAGAGGAGAUCUGAAGACUCACUGUGUUUAUCUGAUGCAGAUUCUGGUGUUGGACCGGAUUCAGCUGGAUCUUCAAGGAACACAUCUGUUGAUGGGCAUCCUCUUUAUAACAUUCCAGAUAUUUCAAAUGUUUGCUACACCUGGAUGAUUGAAGAGUGCAUAUUGUCUGUGUAUAAUCAAACAAAGAUAUCAUGUCCAGUGCAUUUGGAGAUAAAUAUGAUCAAGAUAGCUCCAGAUGUUGUAUUUGCCGAUAUACCUGAAAAGUAUACAAUCAAUCCUGAAAGUAUAGUAAAAGGAUCACUGCUAGGACGUGGAGCUUUUGGGUUUGUUUUUAAAGCAACAUGCAAAGUAAAAGGUUCCCGAUCGUUUAAGUCUGUUGCAAUGAAAAUGUUGCAACCAGUUCCGCCUGGACCUAGAGCCAAAGACAGUGCCCUCAUGGCGUACAAAGUAACACUCGGAAAAUGGGAUCGUGAUCCUUUGCAACACUCUUGCAAGGCCUACUGCACAGCAAGGCAGGAGUUAGCAGUUCUUCUUACUCUUAAGCAUCCGAAUAUAGUUCCUCUGGUAGGAAUUUGCAUUAAACCCUUAGCCCUAGUUCUUGAUCUCGCUCCAAUGGGAGGAUUAGAUUCAAUUCUGCGACAAUAUCGUCGAAGUGGAGCACACAUUGGGCCACAUACAUUCCAAAUUCUAGUCUUACAGGCUGCACGAGCAAUUGAGUAUCUUCAUCGCAGAAGGAUUAUAUAUCGUGAUUUAAAAUCGGAAAAUGUUCUAGUCUGGGAUUUCCCCCUUCCUCACAGUGAGGAUAGUCCAAAAAAUUGUAUUCAUAUAAAAAUUGCCGACUAUGGCAUUAGCAGAAUGACAGCACCAAGUGGUUCGAAAGGUUUUGGAGGCACCGAAGGAUUCAUGGCCCCAGAAAUAAUUCGUUAUAACGGGGAAGAAGAAUAUACCGAAAAGGUUGACUGCUUUUCGUUCGGAAUGUUUAUAUAUGAAAAUAUAAGCUUACGCCAGCCAUUUGAGGGCCAAGAAUCGAUAAAGGAAUGUAUAUUAGAAGGCAGCCGUCCACAAUUGACGCAAAGAGAAACACAAUUUCCCACAUAUUGUCUGGAUUUGAUGGUCCUAUGUUGGGAUGAGCUUCCAAAAAAAAGACCAUCUGGCAGCCAAAUUGUUUCUAUUCUUACUGCUCCAGAAUGCAUUCACUUAUUAGAUGUUACUGCACUAUCUCACAGUGAGAAGGUUGUCUGUGGAGCUUUCAAGACAUUGCUCUCAAGUGAAGACGAUACUAAUGGAUUUGAGCUUUGGCUACCGACCAACAAUUCACGAAUCGACAUUCUUGACACAUCCUCCUAUGGCAACUUCUUUCAAUACAGUAGUAUUCUAUGUGAAAGCAAAAUUCAAAUGGAUUCGCCACAACUACAAGUAAAACGAAAAGGACACAAACUAAAUAUGCUUUGUUGUUGUAUUAUUGAAGAUAAUUUCUGGACAGGAGACUCAGCUGGAAAUUUGCACGUUUAUAGCACAACGAAUUACACACAUGUGUUUUCCUACAUGUUCGAUCCUUCUAUAAAAAGUCCAAUUAUAAGUCUUGUGUACUUGAAGAAUAUAGAACGUGUGGCUGUUGGUUUACACAACGGUAGAGUUUUUCUUGUUGAUUCUACAAAAGUGCCAACAAAUUGUGCAUUUGCGGAAGGAUCCUUUGUUCUAACCGAAAUCUGUUCAGGUCAAAUUCUUCAUAGUGCUGUUGCUGUUUUAUUAGAAGAUACUUAUGAAUUAUGGUGCGGUGAAACUGGGGGAAAAAUAAAUAUUUUUCCACUGAGCAAGUCAGGAGUAUCUGGUCAUCAGGCAGUGUGUCACAGUGAUGAACCUAAUAUCAUAGAAGAUUUAAAAGUGGCUCGGUUAUGUUCCAACGAUCAAUAUGUUUAUUCUUGUCUAUACCCUGGAUUUAUGGUCUACCAGUGGAAUAUAAGGACAAAAGCAAUUGAAAACAAGCUAGAUUGUUCCAAGUUGCUCCCAUGUUCUGAAAGUCUUAAAAGUAUAUCAAUUGAUGAGCAUCUGAGUCUGAUCAAGUGUCAGAUUUCAGCUUUAGCGACUCAUGGAAAUGAACUUUACGUUGGUACAACUUGGGGUUGUUUAAUAAUAGCUGAGGUGAAUAGUUUACGUCCGAUUACUGUUUUUCGCCCAUAUGAAAACGAGAUUAAAGCUAUUGUCCCUGUGCCAAGUAAGACAACACCCCUGAUUGCUACAAUAGGGCGUCGCUAUAGAUCACUAAUAUCCCGUUAUAUGGAUGAUGUAGAUAGCAGCCGGCAACCGAGUACAUCACAUUUUGAACAUCACAAAAGUCCAAAAAUUUUGCCGCCGGAUGUAGAACACAAUAUUCACUGUUUGUUGUGGCGCGCAAAAAAUUGGACAUAACAGUAAUAUUACAUUGCUUGUUUGCUUUUGUUUUAAUUUAUUAAUGAAAUCGAUAAUUGCAACUGUUGUUUUUUCUCGAAUAAAAUGUUUCUUAUUGUUUUACAAAGUA